UUGUUCUUGUUGCCACCUUUUUCCACACAACAUUGAACAACACCUUUCAACUCAGUUAGCUAAUCGAUUAAAAUUAUCCACCUGCGUUUUUACAUUCCAAAUCAUGCUUCUCACAAAACAUGUCUUACCUUCAAAUCCACGCACUCUUAGCAUCCACACCCAUCACAUUCACCUUCAACAACCACUUCUUCAAAUGGCACUUCAAGCCUUCAACAUGAACUUUGAAAACUACAACCAACUCUUAAACGAGUGCAUUAACAAAAAGGCAUAUAGAGAAGGCCAAAGAGUCCAUGCCCACAUCAUCAAAACACGUUAUCUUCCUUCUGUGUUCCUUAGGACAAGGUUUAUUGUAUUUUACACUAAAUGUCACUCUUUGAAAGAUGCUCACCAUGUGUUCGAUGAAAUGACUGAACGGAGUGUUGUGUCCUGGACUGCUAUGAUUUCGGGUUAUUCUCAAAGAGGGUAUGCCUCUCAAGCCUUGAAUCUUUUUCUGCAGAUGUUAAGAUCAGGUACGGAACCUAAUGAGUUCACUUUUGCUACGGUACUCACUUCAUGUACAGGUUCUCUUGGUUUCAUUUUAGGGAGGCAAAUCCACUCUCUUAUCAUAAAAUCAAAUUAUGAAGACCAUGUGUAUGUUGGAAGCUCACUUCUUGACAUGUAUGCCAAAGAUGGUAAAAUUCAUGAAGCUCAAACAGUGUUUGAAUGCUUGCCAGAAAGAGAUGUAGUUUCUUGUACUGCUAUAAUCUCUGGGUAUGCUCAACUUGGUCUGGAUGAAGAGGCAUUGGAACUAUUUCGCCGUUUGCAAGGGGAAGGAAUGCAAUCAAAUUAUGUUACUUAUACUGGUGUUUUAACUGCACUUUCUGGGCUUGCUGCUCUAGAUCUCGGUAAACAAGUGCACAACCAUGUUCUUCGCUCUGAAAUUCCCUCAUUUGUGGUUCUCCAAAACUCAUUGAUUGACAUGUACUCAAAAUGUGGAAAUCUCACGUACUCAAGAAGGAUAUUUGACACCAUGUGUGAGAGAACUGCUAUCUCUUGGAAUGCAAUGCUUGUUGGGUAUAGCAAACAUGGAGAGGGAAGAGAAGUGCUCAAGCUUUUUACUUUAAUGAGAGAAGAAAACAAAGUCAAACCCGACAGUGUCACAAUUUUGGCAGUUUUAUCUGGCUGCAGUCAUGGAGGACUGGAAGACAGGGGACUGAAUAUUUUUCAUGAUAUGACCAGUGGAAAAAUUGGAGUUAAGCCAGAGAUGGAGCACUUUGGCUGUGUUGUUGAUUUGCUUGGUCGUUCUGGUCGAGUAGAAGAAGCUUUUGAGUUCAUUAAAAAGAUGCCUUUUGAACCAACAGCUGCUAUAUGGGGUUCCCUUUUAGGUGCUUGCAGGGUUCAUUCGAAUGUUGACAUUGGUGAAUUUGUGGGUCACCGACUUCUAGAAAUUGAGCCUGCAAAUGCUGGAAACUAUGUUAUUCUGUCUAAUUUAUAUGCUUCAGCAGGAAGAUGGGAAGAUGUAAGAUCGCUAAGGGAUCUCAUGUUGAGGAAGACAGUAAUGAAAGAGCCUGGAAGAAGCUGGAUGGAGCUUGAUCAAGUACUUCAUACUUUCCAUGCAAGUGAUCGCUCCCAUCCGAGAAGAGAAGAGAUAUGUGUGAAAGUGAAGGAAUUAUCAGUUAGGUUUAAAGAGGUUGGUUAUGUUCCUGAUUUGAGUUGUGUUUUACAUGAUGUGGAUGAGGAGCAGAAGGAGAAGAUACUCCUGGGCCACAGUGAAAAGUUGGCUUUGUCUUUUGGUCUAAUUGCUACUCCUGAACAUUCGCCAAUCCGUGUAAUAAAAAAUCUCCGUAUUUGUGUUGAUUGCCAUAAUUUUGCUAAAUAUAUCUCUAAAGUUUAUAGGAGAGAAGUGUCUUUGCGGGACAAAAAUCGGUUUCAUCGAAUUGUUGGAGGAAAAUGUUCUUGUGGAGAUUAUUGGUGAGAAGAUCCUGAUAGAGCGCACUUAAUGACUAGGUUCUUGGUCUGAAUUCUUUGGCCUGUGUGAAAUUUGGCUUCCAAUUCAAUGGUAUUAUGCAAUUUAUGAGUGGAAGUAGAGGAAGAUUGAUGAACAAGAAAACCUUGACCUGCCAAAAGUGGGGUGUAACUUACGAGAAGAUUUAAAAUGGUAUGACAAUUGGGUCAUAAAGAAUUAAAAUGCAGCAAUGGAUUGGUUAUUUCUUUACCCAAAAUCAAGGAAUUGAAAAUUACACUGAUCCAGUGCAGGAAUUUUCAGAACUCCUUGCACUUCUCUCCCUGUCAGACCCAAUAACCCCAACCUUGGCUUCUUAUGUUUUAUCUUCCUUGGGUGUUCAUGUUGCUCUCUUUGCAAUGCUUGUCGCUUUUCCUUCAUAGAUGAUAGAUUUUUCAUCUCCACUGCUUCGCCUCUCGUUGUUCUCUCUGUUGAGGAGCUCAUCCAAGAUGUACUCUAGCCUCUAGUAGGUUUUAUUGGGAAACUGCUCUGGUAAGCGAUGAUGUGAUGGCUACAACUUGUGCCUCUUUAGGGUGUUCUGCAUGGGAAUUUUCUAUAAUGGGCAUUUUGCCGUUGAAGUCCUUGUUAAUAUAUUAAAAUAACGACGUAACAUUCUUUUUUU